ACUGUUCUUUUUGUAUUGAGGUAAGGUGAGGGCAUGUCCACAGGCAGCAGUGUGAGGCGGUGCAGCACAGGCCCUGGUGUCCAUGGUGGUGUGAGGCAAGGCAGGUUGUGGAAUUCUACACCUUCAUGCUUUUUACAGUACAGAGAGCAUGAAGAUUUCUUGGCCGCAUCUCACAAGUCGCCUGGUGCUGACGGUGCUCCUGCUGCUCACCACUGCCUGUUGUCAUGGGGCACCAAGCAAUCGUCCACAUGCCACCAAGAAGCUUCUCAGAGAUGCCAUAGUGGAGUACAAGAUCAUCAUGGAGUACCUGGCCCGCCUCCUCCACGCUGCUGAAACACACGGACUAUCCACUACCACCACUACCACCACCAUCACCGCCUUCCCACACUCCACUGUCAGACACAUCCCAUACCCUAUAAAAGUCCAUCCACUCUUUUCUAAUCAUUCCUCUGUCCCUUAUGUUUCCUCCAAAUCCACUCCUUUGCCUUCCACCUCCUCCACAUCAUCAUCUCUUCCUUCUGAACCAGUCCCUCUGAUCUUCACUACAACGACACCGAAAGUUUCAUUUACAGGCACUGCGUCUUCACUACUCAUCCCUCCUCCUGCCUCCAUACUACUUGUGAAUCCUAUCAGCUUAUCAUCAUCAAUGCCUUCCAUCAACUCAACACUGCUUGCCCUCAUCUCAGCAUCCACUGAACCUUCUACCAUUACACCCAUGCUAGGUGAAUCCAUGACCUUCUCCUUCUCUUCUGUCUCCAGUAAACUCCCCCAAUCAUCUCGUGCUGUCACCUCAACUGCUUCCUCUUCCCUUGCCAUGCAUCCACACACUAACUCACCCAUCUCCACAGCCUCUCCUUCUUCCACCAGACUUGCACAUCCACAAACUUACACACCCACUCUGACAUCUCUUGCUGGACCAAUAUUGCAUUCACAGACUCACUCACCCAUCUCAGCCAAUGAAACUCACAACUCACCCACAUACCCAUUAUUCAGUCACUCACCUCCUGCCUCUGCCUCCCAGUCCUCACCUAAUACAUCAAGGGGUCUAGAAGAUGCAACAGAAGGUGAUGAGACAAGGAUAACCAGCAAGGAAGCAAUCCCCUUUCAUUACAAUAUUCCACAGUCUGACUCAAGAAAUGCAAGUGAAUAUAGGAGCAAGUACUUUCAGAAUAUCUUGGGUGAUGAAGAGGAUAGCCUAGGAGGAAUGAGUGAACCAGGGAACAGGGAGGAAGAAGAAGAGAAAGAGCAGCAAGGAGAUAUAAAUGAUGAUGAAAUAACAGCCAGUGAUAUGGAUGAACAAAGCAGAGAUAGGUUUGUUAAUAAUAGGAGGAAGAAUGGUGAAAAGAAUGUGCUUGAUAGAAAAGAAGUGAAUGCUAAGAAAGUGAGCUUACAUAUGAAAGGAGGACAUGAAGAUGAGAUAGUGACAGAAGAAGAACAAGAAGAGGAGUCAGAGAGUAGUGACGAAUCUAAUGAAACUGAUAAGAGUACAAAUGAGGGCUUGGGGAAUGAUAAGGCAUUGUUUGAGAUGAAGACACAGAAUGCAGGAGAAAAAAGUGGAACAGAGAUGAAAGAUGAAGCAAAACUCAAGCAUAAGAAGAAAAGGAAGAAAGCAUCACUAUAUAACCACCAAGAUGAUGAUGACUCACUAGAUAUCAAGAAAAAAAUAAGAGGAAAGCUGAAACAUAAGGACAUUUCAGAGAGAACAUCCCUAAUGCAAAAAAAGACACAAGUGAAAGAGAAAGACAAUGAUUACACAGAGACAGAAUCACAACAGAUCAGGAAGGAUAAAAUUGAACUGGACAGAGACUCAAUGGACACCAACCCAUCAGAGGAGACAAAUAAUGACGACAACAACCACCACACUCCAAACACUGCCACCAACUAUGAAAUCAAGAAACGCAGAAGGAUAAAAACAAAAGAAAAAAUGCUUGACAGUGUUUCAAAGAUACGGAAUGCCCGUCAUGUUCUUCAGAUGCUUCCUGCCACCACCACAGAGCCUCCUCCCCACUUCUGUGCCAAGACAACAGCCAAAUCCAUGCAGGGUCUCUGUGCCCAGGUUUUCAGUGUUUUGGUGGGUAUCAAGGACAUGAUGCGGGAGAUGACACAGGAGGGAGUGACGAGGGAAGGUGUCCACACACUUCAGGUGAGAAGAGAGACGCUGGGCAAGGUGGUGGAGGAGGCUGAGGCAGAUGUGACCUUCCCCUCCAUGGUGCAGCAGAAGGUGUUUGUGUCGUACCUUCAUCAGCUGGAGAAGAUGGUGGUGAGGGCCAGGGAGCAGAGUGAGACCAGGCUUGCCAGGGGUGGAGGGCCGACCCUGGUGAUGCUGGUGGCCCUGGGAGUCGGGGGGGGCUUGGUGCUCCUGUGUAUGCUGGUUACUUUAGCUCUUGUCUUGGCUCGUCACCGCCAAGUGCACCGAGAAGAAGUGUGCCGGAAAAUACACACUGAGCACAUACCAAUCCAAAGCUUCCUAAACUCUGGCCACACAAACCCUGGCAUGAGGGAGGACGAGCCUCACACACUACAUUCAGAAUCCAACCCAUGCUCCUUUUCUGGCCAAGACUUGAGCUGUGGGAGAACUCAAGAAGCCCAGAGAUUGCCCAAGGGAAGCUGUACUCUCUCCUCUACCUGUGACUCUGCUGCAAUAACACACACAGCAGCUGAUGCACACUUAAUUACCACUGUCAAGCAUGGUGUAAAGGGUCACUUUGUUCAUUCAGAUCCCAACAUGCAGAACCAUAAAGGGUAGGAUUACAGUGUGUGUGUGUGUGUGUGUGUGUGUGUGGUGUAAUUGUUCAGUCUAUCCUGGGUGUAAAUUGUAUAUGUUUACCUGCAUAUCUCCUGUUUAGUUGCUUUGUUUUGUAAUGAGUGGUAGUCUUUCUCCAUAUUGAGCUCUUAUUGAUUUUCUCUCUAAUAAAUGACCAUGAAAUGUGUCUCCUACUUCCUUCUCUCUCUCUCUCUCUCUCUCUCUCUCUCUCUCUCUCUCUCUCUCUCUCUCUCUCUCUCUCU